CGGAGACGGCGUGUCAAGCGGCGCGGGCGUUGCACGUUGUGCCAGCCAGCACAACACGGUUGGAGGGUUGGUGCGUUGGUGCGUGAGCUGCAGGCAAGCGACAGGACAGGAGAACAAUGGACCCGAUGCAUGGUACAACCGGCCGACGGGUCGGUGGCUCGUGGAAGUGUGGGGGUGGCCAAGUCGCUUGUGAUACGGGUGGUGUCUGUGACACCAGCAGUGGCAGUGCCACACACAAAAACGGGAGCACACAGAGUGUGGAAGCCAUUUCCUCCGCCAUCCGCGAGACCAUCUCCGAAGCUGUCCGAGCUCGCCCAGGGUUUUCCUCGGGGAUGCCGACGCGACAAAGCGACAGCGUGCUGCAUCGUCGAUGCGCCCCUUCACAUCCUCUUGAAAAGCAACGUGCAGGGCCCCUGUCAUCCAUCUCGCUGCCCUGCCUUCGCCAGUACACGGUAGCUGCAGAGGAAGGCCCACAGCACCAGCGCCACGGCAGCAGCCACCAACGGCGCACUCACGCCGCCACACAUGCCACAAAACAACAACAACAACAACAACAACAACAACAACAACAACAACAACAACAACAACAACAACAACAACAACAACAACAACAACAACAGCCCACGCUUGCGCGCGCAGUGUCUGAGCAGGAGUGUGAGUGUGGGUUGCUCUGUGAUGGGAACAGCGAAAGUGUCGAGCGUGCAGGCAUCGGGGACAGCAAGGAGCGGGCUCCUCCGCGCAGCCCCAGGCCGCGCGCCCGUGACACCGGCAAGUCUGGCAAAACGCGACCACGCCGCUCAUUUCCACCAGCUCUCACGGCAGAUGGCAGCAUCGUGUAUCGUGGAGACGACAUGCCACACCGGCAGGAGUUUGAAGCGGUGGUUGCACGUGUUAUGCUGUUACAGCAAGAAAUGAGAGCGCAAGCAUCCCACAGGAAGCCCCGCCGCACCACCAAGACCACGUGACCACCUCACUCGCGCACAUGUGCUUUCCGUCUCCCCGAACUGGAGGGCUUAAGCAUGGUGGGCGGUGUACGCUCGCAAUAGCUUCCUCCCUGGCAAUGGCUGACCCGUGAUGGGCAGAUCUCAUCCAAGGCGCAGAGCAGGAUGGCGGCAACAACGACCCGCAGGGCGAGUGUCCUAAAGAGCCAACGAACCCGCUCUCAAGUCCGCCCAGCAACGGCCGCUGGUGACGCUUGCCGACAGUGCCGGCGGUGAUGUGAGCCGCGUGGUGGCUCGAAUCACCACGAGGAUGGGCGUGCACGCGUUGUUGGGGGACAUCAACUUGGUUUCAAUGGACGAGCACGUCAGCCGCACUGUUCUGACACAGCGCGCAGAGCAAUGCCAAUAAAACUCGGCAACACAUGAAUGGCACAAGCUGCGUGGA